GUUCAUUUUCAUUCUCACUCAUUUCCACUUCCUCUUCGCCCAUAUAUAAACCCUAAUUUCUCCCAACUCCGAUCCAUUAUUUCCAAUCUCACCUUUCCACAUUCUUAACCAAACCCUAAACCCUCUUUCAUGGCGAGCACCGAUACCGAACGCAGAGAAGAGGAGGAGGCUCCGGCCGGAGAGGAUGAAGACACUGGAGCUCAAGUUGCCCCAAUCGUCAAGUUGGAGGAGGUCACCGUCACCACCGGUGAAGAAAAUGAGGAUGCUAUUCUCGAUCUGAAAUCCAAACUGUACCGAUUCGAUAAAGAUGGAAAUCAGUGGAAGGAGAGGGGUGCUGGUACUGUUAAGUUUUUGAAACAUAAGGAGACUGGCAAGGUUCGCCUGGUUAUGAGACAGUCUAAAACCCUCAAGAUCUGCGCUAACCAUCUAGUACUUCCAUCAAUGACGGUUCAAGAACACGUUGGAAAUGAGAAAUCGUGCGUGUGGCAUGCGACUGAUUUUGCUGAUGGUGAAUUAAAAGAUGAGCUUUUUUGUAUCAGAUUUCCUUCUAUUGAAAACUGCAAGACCUUCAUGGAAACAUUCCAAGAAGUUGCGGAGUCCCAAAAGAAGAAAGAGGAAAAUAAAGAUGCAUCAGCAGCAGCUGGUCUACUUGAAAAAUUGAGUGUUGAAGAUAAAUCUGAGGAUAAAGCUGAGGACACAACACCUGUAAAAUCUAAGGAAGAGGAUAAACCUGAGGGUGAGGCAAAGAAAUCAGAUGCAGAGAAGAAAGAGUAGGGGUCUGUUGCCCCUGCCAGAUAUACAUGGUAGGUUAUAGAUCUUCCUCUACUGGAUACAUCUCAUUCAUCCAUGUCUUGGUACAUUAAAACACAUCAAUUCUUGGAUUGGGUAACUUUUCUGGGCUGGAAAGUUGAGUCAUCUAAAUUGUAUGUUCGUUGGUCGGUCGGUCGGUUGGGGAGUCCUUUCCUAUUGUUCUCCUUUCCUUUCAAAAUGAGGUUGAUUUGUAGUCAGUUUCGAAUGGUUGGUUGUGUGGUGAUGGCCCUUUGUGAAUCCUCAAAGGUCGGAGGUCGAAUAGCAUUUUUAGAAACCAUAAAGUUUGUGUGCAGGGCCUGAGCUGAAGAUGCUGCAAGAGGAGGAUGGGUUGGGUUAGUAGCCAAACAAGAGUAUUUUCAGACAUAUAUACUUCUUUUUGCUUGAUUGAAGGAAAACAUGGUUGGUUGUCUUGUGGUCUUAUUUUAUAAUUUAAGUUCUAGGUCUAUUCUAUUGUGCAGUGUGCUUUCUUUUUUGGACUGCUUUCUAUUUACCUCUGUUUCUUGAUAUGGUUUGUAGUUGUGUAUUUUAAAAUGCUUCUUUAAGGGAAGCCAUUGAAGUU